AGGAGAAAGCUCAAAAGAAAAGCCCAAAAGGGAUACAAACAGGGCAGAUCAAACUGAGCAUUUCUGCUCCUCGCUCUGUAAUUGCUCGCAGCAGGUUAUUCCAAAAUCUGGGGCAGAAGUUUGGUUUCCAACAUGAAUAUUCAGCUCGGCGCUAAUAAAUAAUGCAAACGCCCGCGUGGGCAGCGCUGGCUCCCAGUGCGCCUUGCCGUGGCGCCAAGUGGGGCGCCGGCCGUGCACAGCCACCGCGGCUUUCCCCAUGCCGGCGUGCGCGGAGGCAAAGGGAAGCGAGCUGAAAGCAAGCAGGGAAGCAAAGAGCGCCCUGCUCUAGCCCCAGGGUUGGGAAAUUUGAUUUGUUCCUCCCUAGGCAGGCAGAGGUUUUUUCCCUAGAGAGCAGAAAAGGGGCGCAGGAGGAGGAGAGGGUUGCGAACGCCAGGGGAAUUCAAAAGCAGGGCAAAAAAAAAAACACCUCCGAGGUUCUCUUGCAUCCUCCUCCCCACCGAGCUGCUCAUCACAGCCUGGGGAGAUGCUGGAGGGAGCGGGGACGGGGACAGCGGGGGGAGCUGCUUGCAUGGGGCUGGGACAGGGUGGGCACGGGGCCAGCCGCCCUCCCUCUCCAUCCCUUCCCUCCCGCCCCAGAUCAUUUUCCUGGGGCUUUGGAGGGUCCAAUCCAACCGCCCCCUCCCUCCAAACCGGGGUGGGGGCCGCAGAGUCAUCAUCACAGACUUUGCGAGCUCUGAAGGUGGGUUGACUUGCUGCGGGGCUGGCUGAGGAAGAGGAAGACGAGGGGAGGAAGAAGCUCCUGCAGCAGGCAGUCGGGGCGUCUGGGCAGCGAGAUGCCGGGGGAGCGCACGCUGCGGCUGCAGCACGGGAGCCGCAUCCAGGCGCUGUGCGUGCUGGGCACCCACCUUGCCGUCGAUGUCCACGGGGCGGCCCCAGCCGGGGCGGUCACCUUCGGGGUGAAGCACACGGAGGGGGUGAGCGUGGAGCUGGCGGCGCGGGGCCGAGCCGAGGUGGGGCCAGCACCCAGCGGGACGCGGUGGCCGCUGGACGAGGGGAUGGUCCUGAGGUUCAGCAUGAGCCGGGCCAGCACCGAGGUCAACGAUAACAAGGUAAUCGUCAGCUUUUACGCAGAGGGAGGGCAGCCCAUCGAUCAGGCUGGGGUCUUCCUCACCGGCAUCGGGCUCUCCCUGGAUGUCGAUGCGGAUCGGGAUGGCGUGGUGGAGAAGAACAAUCCCAACAAGGCCAGCUGGACAUGGGGACCCGAGGGACACGGGGCCAUCCUGCUGGUCAGCUGCGACAGGGAGAGCCCCUUGAGUCCUGCGCCAGACUGCGAUGACGAAAGGGUGUUCAGCAAAGAAGAUCUGCUGGAUAUGUCUCGGAUGGUGCUGAGGACUGAAGGGCCACAGCAUCUGCCGCGGGGGUAUGAAAUCGUGCUCUACGUCCCCGUCUCUGAUGCCGACAAAGUUGGGGUCUUUCACGUGCAGAACCCUUUCUUCGGGCAGCGCUACGUCCACGUGCUGGGCCGGAGGAAGCUGUGCCACGCCGUGCAGCACGCUGGCGGGGCCGCCGAGCUCAACUUCUUCGUCGAGGGGCUGCGCUUUCCCGACGACUCCUUUCCCGGGCUGGUCUCCAUCCACGUCAGCCUCCUGGAGACCCUGGCUGAGGGCGUCCCCCACACGCCGAUUUUCACCGACACGGUGGUGUUCAGGGUGGCACCGUGGAUCAUGACCCCCAGCACGCUGGCACCGGUGAACGUCUUCGUCUGCAGCGUGAAGGACAACUACCUCUUCAUCAAGGAGGUCAAGAACCUCGUCAACAAGGCCGGCUGCGACCUGAAGGUUUGCUUCGGCUACAUCAACCGCGGGGACCGCUGGAUGCAGGACGAGAUUGAGUUCGGCUACACCCAGGCCCCCCACAAAAGCUUCCCGGUGGUGCUGGACUCCCCCCAGGACCGAGGGCUGGAGCAGUCCCCCAUCAAGGAGCUGCUGGGCCCCGAUUUCGGCUACGUGAGCAGAGAGCCCCUCUUUGAGGCCGUCUCCAGCCUCGACUCCUUUGGCAACCUGGAGGUCAGCCCGCCGGUCGCUGUGGCAGGGAAGGAGUUCCCCCUGGGGAGGAUCCUCGUGGGCAGCAGCUUCCCCACACCCGCAGGGAGGAGGAUGACCAGAGUAGUGCGGGAUUUCCUCUUCGCCCAGCAAGUGCAGGCUCCCGUGGAGCUCUACUCGGACUGGCUGGCCGUGGGCCACGUCAACGAGUUUGUCACUUUUGUGCCCAGCCCCGACACAAAGAGAUUUCGGAUGCUGAUGGCCAGCCCCGCGGCGUGCUACAAGCUCUUUCGGGAGAAGCAGAAGGAGGGCCAGGGCGAAGCCACCAUGUUCAAAGGGUAUUCGGGGAUGGACACAAAACGAGUGACCAUUAACAAGGUCCUUUCCAACAACAUUAUGGUGCAGCAGAACCAGUACGUUCAGCGCUGCAUCGACUGGAACAGGGACAUCCUCAAGAAGGAGCUGGGCUUGACGGAGGAGGACAUCAUCGACCUGCCGGCGCUCUUCAAGCUUGACAAGCAAGGUCCCCAUGAUCAUCCUGGCCAAGGACCUGGGCAUCCCCAAGCCCUUCGGCCCAGUGGUGGGCGGCGAAUGCUGCCUGGAGCGCCACGUCCGCAGCCUCCUGGAGCCCCUGGGUCUGCGGUGCCACUUCCUCGAGGACGUCGCCUCCUACCACGGGAGGCUCGGGGAGGUGCGCUGCGGCACCAACGUCCAGCGCCGGCCCUUUGCCUUCUGCUGGUGGCAUGCCACACCGUAGCUGCGCCACCCCCCUGGCCCGUGGGCACCUUUUUGGCAUGUGUUGCUUUCAUUUCAGUUAACUAAUAAAUUUGCUGUGGGAAACGAG